CACGUCAUUGAUUUUUUUACUCAAUUUUUAACUCUGUCCCUCAUAAUCCCUUCCAAAACUGGUUACUUUUGGAGAAAAGGUGGUGAAUUACACUUAAUAAAUAAUGACAAUAAUUAGAAUUACAAGACUUCUUUUACAUCGGAGAAUGAUUACUUCACGUUCUUAUUUUGUCUAACAUUUUAAAAGUGUAACUGAUUAUAUUUUUGGAUUAGUCCCCGAUUCUGUUGAGAUUUGCUGAUGAUGAUUGGAGCUAUGCAUUUUCGUUACAUAUUUCUGUGUUAAAGAGUCAGAGAAUUAUAUAAAGAGAUCUAAUUUCCUCGCCUUUUGCUCGACUUCAAAACACACGCUUUACCUUUCCUCUAUUUCCCUGACUGACUCUGCCUACUUGAGGGCGUGGCAAUUUACAUCAACAAAAUUAAACAAAAAUGGCGUUUCGAGUUAUUCAGGAAUUGAGAGUCAGAAUAAAACGGGUGGUCACCGUGCCGGUAUUGUACGGGCAGUCUUUUCUUGUUCAUCUUUGGCGAUAUGAAGGUGGCUAUCCAGCACUUACUGAAGUUAUGAAUAAACUCAAGAAAAAUACGGACUUCAUGGAAUACAGAAAAGAACGAAGUAAAAUGCUGUUAUCUCGAAAGAACCAGCUUCUCUUAGAAUUCAGCUUUUGGAAUGAGCCUCUACCUCGGACUGGGCCAAAUAUUUAUGAACUUAGAUCAUAUCAGCUCAGACCCGGGACAAUGAUUGAAUGGGGUAAUCACUGGGCUCGUGCAAUUGCUUUUCGACAGGAGAACAGCGAAGCAGUUGGGGGCUUCUUUUCACAAAUUGGAGAACUGUACAUGGUGCAUCAUCUUUGGGCUUAUCGGGACCUCCAGUCUAGAGAGGAUACAAGAAAUUCUGCAUGGCAGAAGGAUGGUUGGGAUGAGUGUGUAUAUUACACAGUGCCUCUCAUUCAGAAAAUGGAAUCAAGAAUAAUGAUCCCACAGAAGAAUUCUCCACUCCAGUAAACUGGGUCUGUAGCCUACAUGACAGUAACAAAAUGUGGUCUGUUUCGAAGUAAGCAAUGUCAGCAGUGGAUCCACUUCAGUAACUUAAAACUACUGUAUCAGUUUUUUAAAAGAAACUGUACAGCGUGUAUACUGUUUAGUGUUGGCGAUAGACCUACAGAAGUUUGAAAAGUGUGUGGCCACACUGACAUUUGGAAUAAUUUGCUGGCAAGCAGUGUCCUGUAAUCCAUUAUCCAGCAAGUGUUGUGCUUCAGAGUCUACUCGGAGUACAGCAUUGCGACUUCUGUUAAGAAUGUACUCCACAAAGGGCACGGCUCACUUCUGACAAGAAAUAACAGAUGUUUUUGGAACCCCUCUUCUUUUUUUUUUAAUGGUUCAGUUUAUAUGCAGCCAUUUACAAGUUUGAUUCUUUAUAUUAAUAUGUUCUAUUGCUGUGGACAUUUUUAGAAAAAAGUAAUAUUAAUGAAAUACAGUUCUAAUAAAAAUCUGUAACAAAUAACAUUUUUACUUCUUGUCCAGCACUCCAUUGCUUGCACUACAAACUGUAUUUUUUUGUUUUUGAAUUGUAAAAAUAAAGUAUCAGUGGAACAUA